AUGGGAGAGGUUGGAGAAGAAAAUGAGAGGUUGAAGCUUUCAUUGGCACGGGUUGUAAGGGAUACAAGUAGUGACGAAGAAAACGAAGAAAGUGAGGAACUUAUCUCCCUUUCUCUUGGAAUUUCAUCCAAAGGCCAACAGCAUGAGAAGAAGAAUAGCAAAGGAACUGAAAGGAUAAGUGAAAGUGAGGAUUUAAAUAAAGGACUUGAUCUUGGGUUAGACAUCAGGUUUGACCCUUCAUUUCAGGUUGAAGCCACAAAAAAUCCCAACACUGAAAGUAGCUGUGAUUAUGAAAGGAAUGAAGAGAAUAUCAGGGACAUGUGGCCACCCAGUAAAGUUCUCAAGACAAAAAGAAUUGGGGAUAAAAGUGAAGCUUCUCAACAUUCUCAGCUUAAGAAAGCUAGGGUUUGUAUCAGAGCCAGAUGUGAUACCCAAACGAUGAAUGAUGGUUGCCAAUGGAGAAAAUAUGGACAGAAAAUGGCAAAAGGGAAUCCGUGCCCCCGAGCGUACUAUCGAUGCACUGUCUCUCCCUCUUGUCCCGUGAGAAAACAGGUUCAAAGAUGUGCUGAAGACAUUUCAAUCUUGAUUACCACAUAUGAAGGAACCCACAACCAUCCACUGCCAACUUCAGCCACCACCAUAGCCUACACAACUGCUGCGGCCGCUUCAAUGCUUCAGUCUCCCUUAUUGAGCUCACAGGACCUACCCAAUUCAGAUUCAAUUUCCCUUAUCUACCCUGGGGCUUCUGAUAACAUGAAUGCCCUAAAAUUCACAUCAAGCUAUCAGCAAUUUUCAAAACCACAACAGCUAUACUAUCACAACUCAUAUAUUUCAAUCUCCAAUUCCCACCCCACAAUCACUCUUGACCUUACCACACCUCCAACUUCACCUCAAAACGGAAAAUUCACCCCAGGCUUGUCUUUCAUGCCAAAAUAUUCAUCAACAAACAAUUUUUCCUCAAGUACUAACUCUUCUUUGCAAUCUAGUAUGCUACAGCCGCCUUAUUGGAAUUCUUAUAAUGAAUACUUCAACUAUGGGGGAUUGAUCACCCAAACUAGAAACCAAAAUGGUUGCUUUAUGAACACUGGAAAACUACCAUUUCAGGGGCAUCUCUACCAACCCACUUACACUAGAAGCUGUGCAUUUUCUCAACAACCUUUACCAAAUUCCACUGCAGCAGCAACAAAGGCAAUCACAUCUAACCCAAAAUUUCAAUCUGCACUAGCGGUUGCUCUCCCAACAUACGUUGGUAAUGGAGCUGCUAGUGGUGAGGUAAAAGAAAAUCAUGUUGGGGUCGAAAGUGAAGCUUUGAACUUAAAUCUAGGUGGAGAGAUGCCAUACACAAUGAAAAUGCAUCUUCAAGGCGCAUGA